AUGGCGUCUCUUCACACUCUCACAUUUCUUCUCUUCUUAAUUUCCACAAACCUCCAUCUCUUCGGAGCCUCCUCUUCCAACAACCAUGGGUACGACGAUUUCCUCGAAUGCCUAACCGAUCAAUUCCAACGCUCAAACUCCGCUACCGACACAAUCUACACCCCUCAAAACGCAACCUACGCCUCUCUCCUACUCUCACAAAAUCUCCGCCCAGCCUCCGCCCUCCCGCGGCGGCCGGACCUCAUCGUCACCCCACACCGCGUGUCGGAAAUCCAAGCCUCCAUCCACUGCUCCCGUGUUCUCAACCUCCAGAUCAGAGUCAAGAGCGGCGGCCACGACUACGAAGGCCUCUCCUAUGCCUCCGCGUCGGCUCCCUUCGUCAUCGUCGACAUGAGAAACUUCCGAUCGGUUUCAAUCGACGAGAAGGCGAAAACCGCGCGCGUGGAGGUCGGCGCAACCAUCGGCCAGCUCUACUACACGAUCUCCCGGAGAAGCAAAACCCUCGCUUUCCCCGCCGGCGUCUGCCCCACCGUCGGAAUCGGCGGCCACUUCAGCGGCGGCGGCUACGGCAUGAUCUCACGGAAACACUCCAUCGCCGCCGACCACAUAAUCGACGCUACCCUCAUCAACGCAGAUGGCCAAAUCCUAAACAAAAAAAGCAUGGGAGAGGAUCUGUUCUGGGCAAUCAGAGGCGGCGGAGGCACGAGCUUCGGGAUCGUGUUAGAUUUCACGGUGACGUUAGUCACCGUGCCGGAAACCGUCACCGUCUUCAACGUGACACGGACGCUGGAGGAAAACGCGACGGAGCUAGUCGAUAAAUGGCAACACAUUGCCGACAAGGUCGACGAGAAUCUCCUCCUCAGACUCUUCCUAAACCCUACCAACUCUCCGUCGACCGGAAACCUAACAGUCGCCGCCUCAUUCACGUCGCUGUACCUCGGUGGGGCCCGCAACCUUCUUCAUAUAAUGGAAGAGCAGUUUCCCGAGCUCGGAUUGACCGAAGAUGAUUGCAUGGAGAUGAGUUGGGUGGAAUCUCUUCUCUUCUUUGCUAAUGUAGACGAUCAAACCCUAGACGUAUUGUUGGACCGGACGCCGGCGGGCGGGUUCGGAUCCUCGUAUUUCAAAGGGAAAUCAGACUACGUGAGCGCUCCGAUCCCUGUCACCGGUCUUAGGGAGAUAUGGAACUUCCUUCUACAAGAAGAAGGUUCUGGCCUGCAGUUUAGUCCCUACGGGGGAGUUCUGAACACCUACUCUGAUGAGGAAACUCCGUUUCCUCAUCGGAGAGGAAAUAUAUUCAUGAUCCACUAUGCAGUGGGGUGGUCAAACCUCAAUGAAUCGGAAGCGAGUAUUGGUUGGAUUAGGGGGCUCUACGGCUACAUGGCACGCCACGUCACCAAGAAUCCGCGGGCAGCUUACUUCAACUACAGGGAUCUUGAUAUUGGGAGAAACAACAUAGGGAAUACAAGUUACGAUCAAGCUAGUGUUUGGGGGCUCAGAUAUUUUAAGAAUAAUUUUAGGAGAUUAGUUCGUGUGAAGACGAAAAUUGACCCCUCGAACUUUUUCAGAAACGAGCAAAGUAUUCCGUUGUUGGGAUCGUAGUUCGAUGGUAUAGUCAAAUUAAUGGUGAAUAAAAUUGUUGUGAAUUUGAAUAAUGUCUGUAUUAGGGAAAUAAAACAACGUACUUGCUUCGAUUAUAUAUACAUGUAUUUGGACGUGCCAUGUUACCCUAGUUUAUGAUUGUUGAUUGAUUGUGACCACACGCUUGCUAAGUACUCA